CUCAGAUUUUUCGUAUCACCACUGUCCACUAUGGCGGAAAAGAAAAAGAUUAGGUCUCGUGGAGACUUACAGCAUGAGAAACCUGCGCAAGGUCAAGAGAGGCCCGCGAAGAAAGCAAAGCUCCUGGACGACAGCGAUGAAGAUAGUGACGGCUCCAACGGCGAAGACGGAGGAGUAUCGCUGAACAUCAACGAGGAAUACGCGAAGCGCUUCGAACACAACAAGAAACGGAUUGAGCUUCAAAAAUUGGAGGAAAAGUAUGGCAAGAAAGGGUUCAAAAACGGUGCGGCAGAUAUCCAAGACGAUGAAUCCGACGUAGAUUCACAAGAAGGAGUAUCAGAGGACGACGAGGCAGAAUUUGCUACUGAGGCACUCGAUGCUGAAAUCGCCGCAACUUUGAAUGCAAUUCGAUCGAAAGACCCACGCGUGUACGACAAGAGCGCCACAUUCUACCGAUCUGUCCAAGACGACGAUGAAUCUACAAGCCGGGCGGCGACCAAGGAAAGUUCAAUGACACUCAAGGACUAUCAUACGAAGAACCUGCUCGAGGGCAAAUUUGAAGCGGAUGACGAAGACGAGGUUCCCCAGAAGACCUAUAAUGAGGAGAUGGAAGAAGCCAAGCAGAACCUUCUGAAGGAGGCGCAAGCUGAUUCUCAGAGUGAUGCCGAAGAUUCCAAUGAAUUUUUGGUCGCAAAAUCGAAACCAGAUUCCUCGAAAAAGCAACGAGCACGGAUCACCGAAGACGACGUUGAAAAGGCUGAACAGGACCCAGAAAACUUUCUCUCCAAUUUUAUGGCCUCCCGAGCCUGGGUACCCACCGAUGCAUCUCAGUGGAAACCAUUGGAGUCUGACGAGUCUGACGAGGAUGAACGGGCCGAGGAAUAUGAAGAUGCGUACAACAUGUACUUCGAGGAUCCCGCUACACAGAAUGAGAAGCUCGUCACUUAUGCACGUGACGCUGUCGCGAGCACAACCGUUCGACGUGAAGAAAAAAGCGGUCGUCGAAAGGCACGAGAAGCUGCUAGGGCAAAACGCGAGGCAGAGAAGCAAGAAAGGGAAGGAGAGGUUGCACGCCUACGGAAACUCAAGAUCGAGGAGAUGGAAGGCAAAGUCAACAAGAUUCGCAAAAUAGGAGGCUUCAACGGUAAAAAUUUCGAUAUUGAGGACUGGGCCGACGUACUCGAGGCGGAUUGGUCUGACGAGCAAUGGGAUGCUGAGAUGCGCAAGCGUUUUGACGAUGCCUAUUACGAUGAAGUCGAAGCUAACGGAGAUUCUGACGACAAUGGAAGCAAGAAGAAGAGAAAGCCCAAAAAACCCAAAUUUGAUGAUGAUAUUGACAUCAAAGAUCUCGUUCCUGAUUUCGACGACGAAGGGGAUCAGGAGCCCACAUUCUCGCUCUCAGACGAACAUGACGCCAGUGCCGGCUCGGAUAUGGAUGUAGACGGUACCGAGGAUACGCCUAAACAGUCCAAGUCUUCUCGACAGCACAAACAGGAGCGUGCUGAUGCAAAAAGCGCUUCUCGUCGCGACCGCCGGCUCAUCGAGAAUCUCGUGGAUGCGAGCCUAGAAUUCGAGAAGAGUUUGGCAUCUAACUCGAAGACGCCAUCUAGGUUUCAGUAUCGAGAAACAUCUCCCACCUCAUUUGGCCUUACGCCGCGCGAUAUUCUUCUUGCUACCGAUGCACAGUUGAAUGAAUUUGCAGGCUUAAAGAAAUUGGCCAGCUUCAGGGAUCCGGCGAAGAAGAAAAAGGAUCGCAAGCACUUAAGCAAGAAAGCAAGGCUUCGUCAAUGGCGCAUGGACACUUUUGGAGAUUCCGAAGAGCCAACAGGCGGAUUCGAGGUCCUACUGGGCAAUGAGGAAACGGCAGAAUCCAGUAGCAAACCCAACCGUACGGAAGUAGAUAUUAGGGAAGGCGACGGCAGCGGGAAAAGGAAAAAGAGAAGGAGCAAGAAACGAAAGGCAUCCUCAUUAGACAUCUAAUUGUUUGUCUCCAUAGCCAGAGUCUUGUCGUCCAACAAACCCUUCACCUGUACAUUCUGCCCUAUCAGUCGCAAUGAAUACCACUGCUCAUCAUUCUGUAUCGCUUAACAACAUCAAAUCGUAAGGGAAGCAAGCCCCAACUACCUAGCAGUAUUUAUCUAUUACUUCUCAUCUCGUGUUCCUGUGUUC